AUGCCGCCCGUACCAUUACACAUCUCCUCGCCUAUCAACGCGAACACCCCUUCUCAUCCUCUCGCCAGGUCACCGAGUACCGCAGCAGCUCGAUACACUCCGGUCAACACAGAUGCAGGUCUAACAACUACAGAGUCCUCGGAUCCUUCGCAGCCUGCGAGACCCGGUGCUCCUGCAGGCCCGCUGCCAACGAAUACAAUCUCCAGCACUUACAACAACAGAUUCCCACCGGCGGCAACCACUACGGCUCUUCCAGAGACUACCCGUACAUCUGAUAGCCCUCCGCCACCAUCACCACUGCCAGGCGCGGUUCCGUCCCCGUUCACCAAUGGAACUUCAAGAUCUGGCAUCCUACAAUCACCCCAUCCGAUCGAGGUCCCCCAAUGGACGCCCUCAAGUGCUUCACCCGUUUGGCAUACUCUUCCAUCUCCAACACCCACGCAUUCGCGCCCGACACCUCUCCCUCCGCGCCAAAAGUCGCCAUCCGUAUACACUCCGGUUCGCUCGACCCCUCCAACCGGCGUGACAUCAACGUAUCCCCCUAACCUCUCUCAUCCACCCGGUUAUAUGCAGGACUCACGAUCUUCAUUUGAUGACAUGCCAGUUGAAUUCUGUCAUUCAUCCGAAAGCCGAGCCAGCCUGUCGUCUUCACGAAGAGGGGGUAUUCUUGACGGUGAGCCGACUUUCCAGCGAGACACGGAAAACGAGAGUUUUCUAAAUACGGCAGUCGCAUGGGCCAAGGCUGCAGGAGAGAGACUCUCCAAGACCGAAGAGCAGAUCUGGAAAACCAUCAAUGGUGACAAUCACACUUAG